ACCAACCAACACUGUCCACCUGACAGAACCGCCAUUUUUAACGGAUUUUCUCUCUCUUUCUGGUUUUUGUUCAUUCUAUGACCCCAAAAAAACCCUAACUCGCAUUUUCUCUCUAAAUCUAGGGUUUCGAGAACGAUUCUUCUGCUUCUUCGUCGCGCGGUAGUUGAGUUGGGUGAGUGAGACUGACUCGGGGUACUACGGCGUGCUUAUCUUUUCAAUGAAUCAUUAGGGUUUUCCCGCGACACCCAAUGAAUUUCUUUCCCGCUCUCUACUCUUACUUUCUCUCUCUACUGUUGGUCUCGGUCUCUUGCGUCUCCGACUCUGAGCUCCGAUCCCUGCUCGAGUUCAAGAAAGGGGUACGUAUCGACCCGCUUCGGAAGGUUCAUGACUCAUGGAACUACCCCUCGCUCGAGAGCUUUACCGAUUGCCCUCCCUGGACCGGCGUUUCCUGCGACGAGAACGGCAAUGUCACCAGCGUGGUCCUCGAAGGGCUUGGCCUCGGUGGUGAGUUGAAGUUUCACACUCUGAUUGGGCUUGGGAAACUUAAGAAUCUUAGUCUCGCUGGAAAUAGAUUCACAGGUCGGGUUGAACCAACUUUGGGCACAAUGACUUCGUUGCAGCAUUUGGAUCUAUCCGGGAAUGAGUUCUACGGUCCGAUCCCGGAGCGGAUCAGUGGGUUGUGGGAUUUGAAGCAUCUUAAUCUCUCGGCAAACAAAUUCAAAGGCGGCUUUCCUCGUGGAUUUAGGAAUCUUCAGCAGUUGAAAGUGUUGGAUUUGCAUUCGAACCAGUUAUGGGGGAGCAUUGGUGACUUAGUACAAGAACUGCGCAAUUUAGAGUACGUUGAUUUGAGUGUGAACGAGUUUUUCGGGUCGAUUUCUCUUCCUGUGGAAAAUGUUUCGAGCUUGGCGAACACUGUUCAUCAUUUGAACUUGAGUCACAAUAAGUUGAGUGGUGGCUUCUUUAAGGGUGAUGCAAUAACGUUGUUUCGAAAUUUGGAAGUUCUGGACUUGGGGUAUAAUCAGAUCAAUGGAGAGCUUGCUCCAUUUGGGUCUUUGCCAAGUUUGCGGGUCUUGCGUCUUGGGAACAAUCAGUUGUUUGGAUCGAUUCCAGAGGAGUUGUUUGAGACUUCUAUUCCGAUUGUAGAACUGGAUCUCAGUAACAAUGGAUUCACAGGUUCUCUUGUCGGAAUUAAUUCUACAAGCUUGCAAUAUUUGAAUCUUUCAUCCAACGGUUUGUCUGGGACAUUGCCCUCAACUCUAAAAACUUGUCUGGUGAUCGAUUUGAGCAAAAAUAUGAUAUCCGGUGAUGUUUCCACUAUGCAGAACUGGGAAGCUCAUUUAGAGUUUCUUGAUAUGAGUUCAAACGAGUUAUCAGGAAGCUUUCCAAAAUUAUCUUCACAGUUUCAGAGUUUAACUACAAUUAACCUUAGAAAUAAUUCAAUGGGAGGUACUUUGCCUUCCAUCUUGGAGGCCUGUCCUAGCCUGUCGACAGUUGACCUUAGUUCAAAUGAACUUAGCGGGCCUAUUCCUGGUACUUUCUUCAGUUCAAGGACUUUGACAACUCUCAAUCUUUCAGGAAAUCAUCUUACAGGACCAAUUUCUCUUGGAGGAGAUCAUUUGAGUGAAUUAUUAUAUCUACCUUCUAGUCCAGUGAUAGAACACCUCGACCUCUCCCGUAAUUCUUUGUCAGGUGUCCUGUCUUCACACGUCGGUAAUAUGAUCAAUCUCAAAUUGCUGAAUCUUGCAAAUAAUGGCUUUUCAGGAAAGUUACCAAACGAGUUGGACAGACUUAGUAAGUUGGAGUACCUUGAUCUAUCUCACAACAAAUUUGAUGGUGAAAUCCCUGAUAACCUUCCAUCCAGCUUAAGUUUUUUUAAUGUAUCAAGCAAUGAUCUAAGGGGUCCUCUUCCUGCAAAUUUGAGAAGCUUUCCUAUCUCUUCGUUUCGUCCAGGAAAUGACUUGCUUAUCUUACCUAAGGGUAUGUCAACAUCAAAUUCGGUUCCAGAUCGUGUUAGUAAAACGAAAGAUCGUCCUUCAAAAAGUAGUAAUAUUAAAGUAGCAAUCAUACUUGCAUCUGUUGGAGCUGCCUUUAUGAUAGUUUUUGUUUUACUAGCUUAUCAUCGUUCACAGCUUAAAGAUUUCCAUAGGAGAAGUGGACUCGGAGGUCAAAAUACAGGGAGGGACAUCAAGAUAGGAAAAUUCACAAGGCCUUCGUUUUUGAAGUUCACCUCCAACGUUCAGGCCCCACCAUCUUCAUUGAGUUUUUCAAAUGAUCACUUGUUAACUUCAAAAUCAGGGUCAAUAUCUGCGCAGAGAGAGAUGGCAACUGAAGUUGGUGAUCAUGUUUUACCUCGGGAAGUAGCAACGACUUCGGCUUCUAUGGAUCUCCUUGAUAAUUAUCCUGCAACUUCGGGAAGGAAAUCCUCCCCAGGUUCUCCAUUGUCCUCCUCUCCUCGUUUCAUAGAAGCACGUGAACAACCUGUGAUGUUGGACGUGUAUUCACCAGAUAGAUUAGCUGGUGAAUUGUUCUUUCUGGAUGCUUCAAUGGCAUUUACUGCCGAGGAACUAUCUCGAGCUCCAGCUGAAGUUCUUGGUAGAAGCAGCCAUGGAACUUUGUACAAAGCUACUUUAGACAGUGGACAUAUGUUGACUGUCAAAUGGUUACGGGUAGGCUUGGUCAAGCACAAGAAAGAGUUUGCUAGAGAAGUGAAAAGGAUUGGCUCGAUAAGGCAUCCUAGCAUUGUUCCAUUGAGGGCAUACUACUGGGGACCAAGAGAACAAGAGAGGCUUCUUUUAGCAGAUUAUAUCCAUGGUGACAGUUUGGCCCUGCAUCUUUAUGAGACCACACCUCGGAGGUACUCUCCAUUGAUGUUCAACCAAAGACUAAAAGUUGCGGUGGAUGUUGCUCGGUGUCUCUUAUUCCUUCAUGACAGAGGUCUGCCCCAUGGAAAUCUAAAGCCAACAAACAUACUCCUAGCUGGUCCUGAAUAUGAGGCUCGGCUUACCGAUUACAGUCUUCACCGCCUAAUGACACCAGCUGGUAUUGCAGAACAGAUACUAAACAUGGGGGCCUUGGGCUAUCGAGCCCCAGAACUAUCCUCAGCAGCCAAACCAAUCCCCUCAUUCAAGACUGAUGUUUAUGCAUUUGGAGUGAUCUUGAUGGAAUUGCUAACCAGAAGAAGUGCGGGUGAUAUUAUUUCGGGUCAAUCGGGUGCGGUUGAUCUUACGGAUUGGGUUAGGCUGUGUGAUCAGGAAGGACGAGGAAGGGACUGCAUUGAUAGAGACAUUGCUAGUGGGGAAGAACCCUCCAAAGCAAUGGAUGAUUUACUUGCAAUAUCACUUAGGUGUAUUCUCCCUGUAAAUGAGAGGCCUAACAUCAGACAUGUUUUCGAUGAUUUAUGUUCUAUAUCCGUUUGAAAUUUUUUGUACGUGAGUCUUGGAAUUAGUUUUUUUUUUCCUUGACCCAUGUUUUCUUAUUUUUUUCUCCUCCUCCCUCCAUUCCUUCUGAUUUCUGGCUAAUGAUCACAUUUUUUUCCCUUGAAAAUUUCUUUGUAAAGAGACGACUCAUUAUUUGACUGGUUUGAGUUUGGUCUUAAAUGCAAAAGAUUGCCAUUCUUUUUUAUAAA